UUGCCAUGGUUACCAAACAACAGUACUUUUGCCUACAUCACACCUCAACUCUACACACACGCUUACUUUUUAACAAUGUGUGCGUGAGCAUGUGUGUGUGCCAUGUGUGCGUGCAUGAGCAGUAAAAGAGCAUCCAGCAAGUCUUUAUGUCAAAUGCGUUAAUCCAAAAUGAUGCACAGCUUAACCCCGGUUUCACACACACACUCAAGCGCUCCCACACACAUGCACACACAGCAGAUGUCCUCUCACUCUCAUCACCUUUGAGCAACCACCCCAUGUGAGGGGAGGGGGAGGAACAAAAAAAAGUGAAAGAACAAGAGAGAGAGAUUGGAAGCAGUAGGAUAGAUGAGCAUCACGGUCAGAUUUUCUGGAAACUCUUCAGAGCAACAUGCUGACGAGCAAGAUGAGACCACAAAACAAGGAGUACAAGUUGCUGAGGCUCCAUCGCAGUUUCUGGUUAUACAUCUGACAAAAACACAGUAGAAGAAGCAGUGAGUACCUCCUCUGUGACCUGAUGAUGCAUCUGAGAACUGUAAAGCAGCAGAAGAAGUUGGCGGUUCAAUUUCAGUUUCUGGCGAUGAAUUUGUCGACAGAAUAAGAAACUCAAGAAAAAAGACCGAAAGAAGCAGAAGAAAUCUGGGAGUUUCGACACAGAUGUAUAGGGCAAUGGAAAUGUACCGUGAGAAUUUUUGCUGGUUGUAAGAUCAGCUUCAAAGCUUCUAUCAUCAUGUGAUCUUUCGUGGUGAUCACGUCCUAUCCAGAGAAGCUUUCAGAAUGUUUCCUCUUGUUUUUUUAAUACUUCAGCUUCCGUUGCUUCUCAGAAGUCAGGUGACUCCGGGCAGAUCUUCAGGUUCCAUGACAAACAUGACUUACUCAUUCAACACAAGCUCACCAGAACCUUCAGGCGCCUCGCUGUACCCGACGGACCAAGUGAGCAGCACUGCAGGCACCUCAGAAGCUCCGGAGGAGGAUGAUUGGACACCGGCUGAGAACUUCUUGUACACAGGGGACUCGUCUACAGUGGGGGCCGCGCGCUGUUCUCGGGCUUACAGCCCCCCUGGGCAGCUAGGACCACUUCCAGGCGGGAUGCGUGCUGCCCUCAGGCCCGUUCUGGAUGCGUUGGCCAACACGGCAAACUUCCUGAACAUGAUCUUUCAGGCCAGCGACCUGCGCGAGAGCUCAGUUCCAGAAGAUAUGGAGUGGUACCAUGCCCUGGUCAGAGCCCUGCUGGAAACUGCAGGGCCAGUCUGCCGGGCGCUACUCACCUUUGACUGCGAUCCUACUAGUGCAGCUCCACAGUUGGUGCUCCAGGCCAGCCGGGGUCCCCCGACUGGUGUACCGACCAUACUCCUCCAGGACUUAUCUAAGUAUUGGGACCGCCUACACCCAGCCGCCCCGGCCCCAGACGACGGCUGGUUCCGCCGUUUCAAGUUCCCAGACACCACCCGGGCGCCCACCCUCGUUAAGCGGAUCCUGCUCAAUGACCUUACCACCUUGGAGACACCUAAAUGGGGCCGGGGCGACAGCUACGUGAGCAACGGAAGCGGUGUUCGGUGGGCCGGCGCCCCCUACCUGGACUGCAAAGAUGGCCGCUUUGUGCCCAGGUGGAUGCUCACCUUGUCCACCGCCUUCUACGGGCUCAAGCCAGACCUCACCCCUGAGUUCAGGGGUGUGAUCCGCGUAGAUGUGGACAUCCAGGACAUGGACGUGGACCAGUGCAGCACCGAGAACGGAUGGUUUGCCGACACGCACCAGUGCAACCGCACCAGCAUGGAGUGCGUGCCAGUUCCUGGGCGAGGCUUCCGGCUGGGUCAGUACUGCUGCCGCUGCAAAGAAGGAUACUACAACCCUGACAAAGCCAAUCAGGAUGCAGACAGCGCCACGUGUUACCCAUCCAUGCCCGUGUGUCUGCCGUGCUGGCCGGGCUGUGGGAGUUGCCGGGACGGUGCCCCCUGUUGGGUGCAGGAGGACGGGCCCUUGAGGGCCACCGUUAUGGCAGCACAGGGGACCUUCAUGGCCCUCGUCUUUGUCAGCAUGCUGGCUGCAUACCGUCAUAGGAGAAGCAAGAGGAUUCGGGCAUCGGGCCUCCUGCUACUGGAGGCCAUCUUGUUUGGGUCACUUCUCCUCUACUUUCCGGUGUUCAUUCUAUACUUCAAGCCAAGCACGUUCAGGUGCAUCCUGCUCCGCUGGGUCCGCAUGCUGGGCUUCUCCAUCGUCUAUGGCACCCUCACCCUCAAAAUGUACAGGGUUCUCAAGGCGUUCCUGUCACGCACGGCUCAGAGGGUUCCCUACAUGUCAAGCCUACACCUGCUGAGGAUCCUAGGCGUCAUGCUUAUGACAGCCAGCUGGUUCCUGUGCGCCUGGACGGUGGGGGUCCUCCAGAACCGUGACAGGAACAUUCCUGUCAUUGUGACCACCACCACACCAGGGGGCCAGGGAUUCAACCUUUGCUACCUGGACCGGUGGGACUACAUGAUGGCUGUUGCUGAGCUUCUAUUCCUGUGCUGGGGCAGUUCCCUGUGGACCGCCGUCCGGCCAGUGCCAUCAGCCUUCCACGAGCCUCGCUACAUGGGCAUCGCCAUCCACAAUGAGCUGCUUCUUUCCACUAUGUUCCACCUUUGCCGGUUUACAUUUCCAUCCCUGCACCCCGACUGGAUGCUGCUGCUGUCUUUUGCACACACCCACGUGACCAUCACUGUGACACUCGCUCUGAUCUUCAUACCGAAGUUCUUAUACAUAAGCAAACCUGGCAGGGAGGAGAUCGCUGCUGAGGUUUACGAGGAAGAGGUGGACCUGCGACGUUCAUACCUCAAUAGCAGCUUUCGUUCAGCUUGGAGUGAGCGCAGCGUGGACCCCGAAGACUUUCGGGACGAACUCAAGAGAUUAUAUACCCAGCUGGAAGUCAACAAAGCCAAGAAGAUGACGGCAAACAACCCUCACCUUUCAAAGAAGCGAAGCUCUCGUUGCGCAUUGGGUCGAUCGAUCAUCAAGCGCAUCGCCGAAAUCCCCCUGAGCCGACAAUGCAGUCGUGAGGACCGAGACGGUUCCUUCCGGAGUGGCAAUUACUCCGGGUCUUACAGGAGGACCCCAGACAACGUCAGCAUUAGAAGUUCCAUGAAAUCCCGAUCACCGUCUCUACGAAAAUCCCAGUGUGAUUAUUACUCGCGGGAGAGGGACUCUUCCUUGCGGGAUUCAUCCAGGCUGAGGGCCGAUGUAGGGAAAAGAUCUUCGCAAAGAUCAGAGACGGAUUCUGUAGACAUGCAUCCAGCAGUCUGCAAAUCAGUUAGCGCUCAAAACCUGACCAUUGAUACCAAUCUCUUGCACCUCCCUGAUCACACCAAGCUUCACAAGUCGUGGAGUCUCACGUCUACUCAUUCUAUGGAGAGCAUGUCCAAGCGCAAUGGCUCAAGCCUCUCCAUUAGCGAGCAGACCAGGAGUGCUCUACAGUCAGAGUCUUUUGACAAAGCUGAGGUUUGUCCUUGGGAGGUUGAGGCAGAACAACAAGGCGAUAAGAGCCACAAGCGUGUCACCUACGCAAACUCUCGGGAGGACGAGCCACAAAGUCCGUCCUCGCCAGAUGCCAUUAUAUGUCCGUGGGACCAUUUACCGCCUGUAGAGAACAACCUGUCACAAGACAAAGGGGAUGCAGAGUCCCCUAAAGUACCAGUCUCUGCAAGUGCACCAGGGUCUCCGAGACACAAGGUCAUCAAAGAUCAACGAGUUUUUUCCUUCCGGAACACCACCACCAAAUGGCUCUCUGUCAAAUCCUUCCUGACAUCUGUGGAAGCAGCUAGCAAGUCGAACAAGGAUGAAAACUUCAAUAGAGAAGGUUCCCAAAAAAGCCAGGAAAGUGGUUCCACAGUGUCCAGAUCAGGAUCAUCCAGUCGACGUCCAAGCAUGGAGAAGAGGACCCUGCAGAGAAGAAGCAUGACAACAGCAGAUGGAAAACCAUGUCUUGUAAAGCAGAACGCAAUCAGACUGUCCUCUGGAGAUUCAUCUGACAGGAGUCCCAGAAGGUUGGUGAUUGUCAAGUCUCCCAUGUGUCCAGGAGAUGGAGAUAAUAUGCUAAAAGAUGGCACGUACGAAAAUGUAUACCUUUCUCGGCAGAGUAGUAAACGAAGCAGCAUAAGCUCCUGUAGCUCAAGGACGCCAUCAACUCACAGAAGAGGAAGUAAACGAAUAGCAGCUGCAGUGUUGAAAACCGUUUCUCAUGCUGAUGUUUGUCCUUGGGAAGGACUUGUGGAGGUGGCAAAGAAGCAGCAAAGCGUGAAGGCAGAUGUGUGCCCAUGGGAAACGGACACAUCUGAACGAACAAGCGUCUGCCCACAGAAAUCUCAACAGCAGGAGAUGGUGAUGAGGCAGGACAGUGGCCGUGCCGAUGUGUGCCCAUGGGAGUCCCAAGAUGCUCCGGAAAGCACAUAUGCCAUCCCAGGAAAGACACAACUGUCUCUAAAGCGAUCAGCAGAUAUUUGUCCCUGGGAAGCAGCAGAAACUCCAGUACCUAUUAUAAAACAAGAUAGUGAGUAUGCCAACAUUUGCCCUUGGGAAACAGAGGUAGUGUAUGAAAACAUAAAUCCCGUGCAGACAAAGGGAUCCCUGAAGGUGCCCUCACGACAAGAAACAACAAAAGCUGCCGUUUUCCCCAGUAUAUCAAAAGAACAACUUACCAAAUCUUCUGAUCUGCAUCUGGAAAGAAGAAUGACCAAGGCAGAGGAAAGUUGUCCAUGGGACUUCCCAGACCCCCCAAAAUUGGAUGAGGUUCAUGUUAUAGAAGUUGCCCCAUCGCAGAUCACCGUCAAAGCUGAUAUCUGUCCCUGGGAUGCUGGACAACAUGCCCAAGUAGGACUUCCAAACAAUAAAGGAAAUAUUUGCCCUUGUGAGACUGAAACGCCAGAAACAGCCAAAUCACAGACCUCGGAAAAGUCCAGAAAAAUCAUCAAACAAGAUAGUGCCCGUGCAAACAUCUGUCCAUGGGAAAGCGAGGAUACCACAACAGUCAAAACUGAGGAUUCACAAAGAGGAAAAGCUGAGAAGGUAUUGAACAAGCAGGAUAGCGCAAGAGGAGACAUUUGUCCUUGGGAGACAGAAGACCCAAAUGUUCUGAAGAAGCAGGACAGUUCUAGAGAAAACAUUUGUCCAUGGGAGACAGGAGAAUCAGAUGUUCUGAAAAAGCAAGACAGUUCAAGAGAAAAUGUUUGUCCAUGGGAGACAAAAGAACCAAAUGUGCUGACAAAGCAAGACAGCUCCAAGGAAAAUGUGUGUCCAUGGGAGACAGAAGCUAGUAUCCCAAAAAAUCAGGACAAUUCUAGAGAAAAUAUCUGUCCAUGGGAGACAGGAGAAUCAAAUGUCCUAAAAAAGCAGGACAGUUCUAGAGAAAAUGUUUGUCCAUGGGAGUCAGAAGAACCAAAUGUGCUAAAAAAGCAAGACAGCUCUAGAGAAAACAUUUGUCCUUGGGAGACAGAAGAACCAAAUGUCCUGAAAAAGCAGGACAGUUCUAGAGAAGAUAUUUGUCCAUGGGAGACAGAAGAAAAAAAUGUUUUGAAGAAGCAGGACAGUUCCCAAGGAAGUGUGGUUGCGCAGCCAAAGGUUCUGAAAAAGCAGGAUAGCUCUAGGCAAAGUGUUUGUCCAUGGGAGACUGAAGACACAAAGUCUUCCAAGAGGCAAGAUAGCGUAAGAGAGGAUAUUUGUCCAUGGGAAGCUGAGGAACCCAAGGUUUUGCAAAAACAGGACAAUUUUGGAACUCAAUUAGUCGGAGAAGAAGUUAAAGUUCUCAAAAAGCAGGACAGCUCUCGGGCUAGUGUCUGUCCAUGGGAAGCUGAGGACUCUGUAAUGUUAGGAGAACAAGGAAACUUGCACUCUGAUAAUUGUUCAUGGGAAACAGGAGGAACAGGAAAUGUCAAAGACAAUGAUGGCCUUGAUACACAGGGUUGUCCCAGUGAAAUCGAGGACCCGCAAACAUCCACCAUUCCAAGCAGCGACAAAGAUUAUAUACUUGAGGACGAGAAAACAAUAGCCGAGGAGUCAGACAUGCCAAAACCCAGCAUGGCGCUGGGUCGCCGAGACGCCUUGUGUCCCUGGGAGAUGGCAAGAAGUGCCUCGGGAUCCUUUACGGACAACAACUCGGACGUUUUCACGUGGGAACCUGAGAAUAUCCCAGAGGAAGACGAGGAAGAUGAUGCAGAAUGUGCCGCAGAAGCGCUCAUAUUCCCUCCCGAUUUGUGAUCUCUAGCCCGUUGGAAUCAACAGGAAGUAAACGCACUUGAAGCCUCUCGGUGAAAACUGACGGCUUUGCUGAGCCUGAAAAAAAAAUCAUUUUUGAAAAAAAUUGAGACAACGUAUUUGGACUACAGACAAAUGUCCGUACACCCAAUUGAAACAAACAUACCGUUAGCAAAGUCACCGAGCCUGUUCCCUGUGAAAUUUAUAACAAACACUGAUGGCGAAAUGACCAAGGGUCAUCCAAGCCCCCUUUCUUCCUGCCCCUGAAUUUUCCUUCACGAUGAGCCUAACACUCUGUAGCACAGAGCAGAUAACAUCAGUCAGUUCAAAUGUGCGCUGUUGUGAUCAUUUCUAAAAUAUGUAACACAAUGCAACUACAAUGUCAAUGUUAAUUAUUGUCAAUGAAAAACUGAUUAAAAAAUGUCCAUCUGUGUAUAUUUUUGUUGGUUGUAUUGAGUUCAUUUUGCCUACACUUAUAGAUUAGUCAAUUUUUUUCUUUUAUCCCAGACAA